AUGCAAGAUACAGAAUAUUUUGACGACUUAGCAGAAACCUUAACAUCUGACUUUUACAACCACUUGUUCUCAUAUUUCAUGACAUUAGAUAUUUCAAAGUUCAAUCCAAGACAAAUUCCACAUACCGAAGAAAGACAAACGUUGUUAGAAGCAAACAAGAGUGUAUAUGAACUGUUUAUAGAUGAGACUAACUUUGAGUGUUUAGAUGAAAGGUCAUUGUACGAUGAAUAUAAACAAUAUUGUCAAGAAUAUGGUUAUAUGGCAGCUUCUAAACGUACAUUCUUGGCAAAUGUCAAAAAUCUUUUAGAUGUUCAGAACGGCGUAUAUACAAAGAAAAAUUUUUCUGAGUAA